CUUUAAACCGCUGCAAAGCGAAUACAUUCAAAACAGGGUGCAGUGUCGGUCAAAGACUUAGUCUGGUUAAGAAUUAUUUAGUUCAUCAGAAUAGAACAAUUCAUUUUAGAGCAAAAGUGCCCUAUUUAAAGAGUGUAUCAUUCAAUAGGAUAUGCACACACAGGUACAGUUUUCAUCGCCACGCUAUAGUUAGAUGAAUCAGUUUUCUUUUUUAUCCAAUUAGGCAGUAUUGCGUUAUUUUAUAUCUUUAUUUUUUACCAAUACAUACUUUGAAUUUCUAAAAUUAAAAAUAUUUAUUUCUUUUAAGAGAAAAUUGUAUUCAGUUUUAAUCUGUGUAGCAGUUCAAGGUAAAGCGUCAUUACAAAAGAGUUUCAAUUGAACUAUUGAAAUAUGUGCUCAUACAUUUCGUACUAUCUUCGACUCUGAGUUCUGAAUGUACGUACAAUGGCAAAUAAAGCCUAUUAAUAAUAAUAGAAAAUAUUAUUUAUCGCAUAAAUUGGUCUUUGAGUUUAGAUUCCGGCAGAGAUCAUGAUAACUAUAUCAUUCAUCCUGAUGGCAUUCAUUGGAGAGAUAUGGCCAUGUGAUCAGGCAUGGAUGAAUAUUCAGGGAGAGGUGGGAGCUUCAAACUAUUUUGCAAAGGUUUUGGCAGAAGGAGUUCAUUGUACAAGGUUUGGAAUCAUAUAGUAUGCAUUCAUACAUAUGUGUGAGUAACAAAGUAACAAUACAAAUAUAAAUAAAAACUAACAUAAACUAUCAAUAAGUAUCGUAUAUGUAAGUAAGGCAAAUAAUAUUUGGGAGAAAAAAAAUAAUAACAUUAUUCCUCUUCACACAUUUUAGCUAACUGGUAAAAAUUAUUAAUCCCUUCUAUAUACAUUGGAUCGAGAAUGAUCAAUACAUUGAAUGUGGGGGCCUUAAGAUAUAGAAGAAGACGAUUAGUUCACCCUAUUGUUAAUUAUUAAUAUUACCAAACAAAUAGUAAGGUAAGCUGGACAUUUUGAAAUAUUGCAUGUACACAUGUAUAAACUAUGAACAUCUUUACACUUAAGAUCCUAAACAAUCAAAUUUGAAGGACAUUUCAUAUUCCUUUUUUUUACAUUAACUAAUACAUCAUUUAAGACUAAUCUUAUUUUAUUGCAUACUACGAAUCUUUCUUGUAUCAACAGAUUAAUGAACGGAUUAUUCGAUGAGACCAUACAUUCUUUCACAAUGCAUUAUGAUUGGAUAGGAGAUGUACGAAUUGCUAAUUCUGUAACAUAUUUCAAAGGUGCCUCAUUUGAGAAUUUGACACCUUAUACUUGUCACCACACUGCAAGCACGCAAAGCAUAAUGUGUGAAAGAAUAAAUCUUUAUAUGUGUUCAGCCAUCAUGACAGAUGCAGUGUGCUGCUCACGAUCGAAUGCGAUACUCUGGAAUAAGAACAAUGAGUUUUUAUAUUCUUCUGAUUUCACGAACCAUAGCUCAAGGUGCAUUAAUGCACCCAUUUUACUUUAUUUCAUAUUCUACGAGCUAGAAACGAGGACCUCUGUCAACAUAUUAUCAUCGACUCCAUCGACGCCAUCGACAACUUCGACAACAUUGACACCAUUGAUACAGAUCACAUCCCAAGCACAAGACAAAGAUCACACCUCUAGCGGACUAAUCGUCGGACUGACUCUAGGAGCAGUUCUUGUGAUUAUUAUUGCAAUCGCCGUGUUCGUAUUUUGGAAAAAACGAAAAACUAUCAACCGGGCCACACAUGUUUCCAGCAAUACAUCAACUUCGAGCAACGCCCAUCAAAAAAGCAAUAUACGACUAGAUAACCUUUACAAUAAUAUCCCGAUUUUGCGCAUGUUGCCACUGUUCAAGAAAAAAGAUGGUGGGAAAAUAUCCAACAGAUGCCAAGGUCCAAAAGAGCAAAAAGAAGAUCAUGGCAAAUUAAAGGAAGAAAAUGGAAUAACUCGAAAGUCAGAGGUAUUAGACAAAAGCAGGCAGAGUAACGAGUAUGAUGUCUACACUUGCAUGGACAAUGAAUGUUCAAAAAACCUGGAUGAUAAUCUGAAGUGCGGUCAACAAUAUCAAUGCUACCAAAACAAUGGGGAAAGCAUUAAACACAUUGACGAUUAUCAAAAUAUUGACCAGAAAGAUCAACGAAUUCCGGAUUAUAAGACCAAUGACCAGACAGGUAAAUUAAAUCAGGAUUAUGAAACCAUUGACCAGAUCUGUCAGCAAAUUCAGGAUCAUCAGAUCAGUAAACAGAAAGGUCAACAAAGAAGCGACCAUGCGACCAUUAACCACGAUGUAAUGCUAAGUAAAACUUAUACCAACACUGACCAGGUUGAUGACAAAGUUUAUUCAACAAUCUACCAACAAGCCGAGCCAUCAGAAUCUGAACUAGCUAAUGAAACAACAGAUACACCGAGCUCACAGGCACAUGUUAAGACAACCCCAGACGCACGACUUGGUAAUAAAAUGCCAUGUUUAACAACUCCUUGCAGUGGUUUACUGCCAGACGAGAUCUCAUCACCAACAUACUUUGUUUUGGAAUCUGUUGCAGAGUUGGGACCUUACUCUAUGGCCCGCCCCAUCUCCUCCGACGAUAAGAUAUAGUUUGCUAUGGUUAUAAGGACAUUUAACGAUCAAAACAUAGUCUAACACAGUGGUUCUCAACCUUCUUAAUGCCACGACCUUUUAAUACAGUUCCUCAUGUUUUCGUUGCUACUUCAUGAAUAUGUAUGUUUUCCGAUGGUCUUAGGCGGCCCCUAUGUAAGGGUUGUUCGUAACCAAAAGUGGUCGCGACAAACAGGUUGAGAACCACUGAUGUAACAGAAAUGGUUAAGUAAGCAUAUGGACACUUAAAGAACAAAAAAAAUUAUAAUUUUUAUGUAACAGAAGUUCAUUUUAGAUUUAAAAAUAUUUUUCUACCUUGUUGUGAAUAGUUUUAAUCAUUGUAUUACAUUGUGCCUAACACGCUUUAAAAGAAGGGCAUCAACUCUUCAAUAUAUUUUUAUGGAGAGUUUCCUAUAACUUUAACUUAGGGUUUUCAAAAUGAAUAACGUGAAAACUAGAAAGAGGUAAAUGUUAAAUUCAAUUUUUGUUUAUAUACCCGUGAUAGCUGCUGAAGAUAGAAUAUUAAACGAUCAGUACUGCUGAUCUCAAGACACAUUCGUGUUAAAGUUCAGCAUACUUGUGUCGAUUCUCAUUUCUAUCUUGAAACAGAAUCAUGUCUGACAGCUUCAUUUCAAUUUCGAUGUUUCAGUAAUGGCAGUACAUAAAGAUCAUGUAUUUUGUUCUUAUACAAAAAGAAAUAGCUAUUACAGAAAAAAGAACUUCAUACAAAAGUUGAAUAGGUUUAAACAGGAAGUAAAUUAAAGGCCAACUUUUCGUGUUGUCAAUCAAGACAACACGUUAUUUAUCUUUGGCUAACGCUAGACACGGGG